AUGGACGUCGACAUGACAUCCCCAGCCCCUGCAGCCAUCCCCGACACCACCCUCCUCGAUCACUUCACCUCAAAGCCUCGACGCGAUGACAAGUAUACUUACGCGACAUCAAUCCACAUCAAGUCCAAAGCCCAAGCCACAGCCUUUGCGCGCACAAUCCACACGCAGCCUCCCGAUCGUACCCUCACCAUCUGGGUCAACAGCAGCGUCAGCGGUGACUUGCGCAACGAACCCUGCGCUGUCGCAAUCGGCUACAACUCACCUACGACUUCUGCCUGGACCGCCCAAGUCACCAUCGCACACUACACCAGCGCAAACGAAGCCAUCCUAUUAUCCAUCGGCGAAGCGCUCCGCGUAGCCACGUCUCCCAAGAUAACUGAGCACGUCGACCGCGUGCUCGUCUUCUCUGAUGUGCAACGCGUCCUGAAGAGUAUGAGGAUGGGCCAUCCGUUUGGGUUGGUGAGGGAUAGAUGGCUUGUAGACGAUAUAACACAUCUCGCCAAACAACUAGCCGAGCAAAGCGUCGAAGUGGAGUUCCACUGGAUUCCUGUGAGUCCCAUGAUGGAACCCCAGCAACGCAUACGUCAGACUUCGCAGCGGUUCAAGAAGCUUGCUUUAGCUGAGUACCCACCGGAGUUGCUCGAUCGGAGCGUUGGUUUUCCGCCGGUGAGACUGGACGGGGCACUCGUUACAGCGGGUUUGGGAGAGGACUUCGUGGGUGGCUACCUAGGCGCUGCGCUGGAGGAUGUAAAGAUUUUGCCGCGAAGAGAGUUGAGCCGUGACCUUAGGGUUCAGGCUAGACAGGCUAUUAACCAGAGGAGGAAGGAGAGGAAGGAGAAGGCCAAUAAAAGACAAGGCGGAGAGGGAGAUCAGGAAGCUUGA